AAGAAAAAGAAAAAUGGCGACACAAAAUACUCCAAUCUAGAUAUUCUCGCUCUCUCUCGUCUUCUCUCCACACCACCCACUAUAGCUUUGGACUUGGAUCUCAAAUUCUCCCAGUUUCCCACUCCCCCUGGGUCUUCCCCAUCCCCCCUCCACUCCCCCCCUGGGUUUUCCCCUUCCUUUACCCCCCAUCAGAUCUUCCCCCAUAUCUCUGUCCUGCAUCACUCGCCGCCAUCCACUCCCGAUCCAAACCCGAGAGCUCCCACCUCCGCCGCCCUGUUCGCUCGUCCGCCUUUUCACUCCCCGUAGCUAGCUGCUGUCGCGGAGCAACCCCGCGAUUCCAAGAAAAGCAACUUGGUCAAGAAAGAGUGCAAGAAAGGAGGACGGUGCUGACGAUGAUGGCGAUAAGCCACCCCAUGAUUCGCCCCAUCAUUCCGUCGCCUCCGGGGCCUGCGCGCUAGCUGCUAGAAGGGCCUCGCCGUCCGUCGUGGUGGUGGUGGUGGUGGUGUGCGCGGGGCGGGAGGGGAGGGGAGGGGAGUCGUCACUGCGCCGCCACAAUGCCACAGUACCAGGAGCUGCCCUGCGGCGGGCAGGAGCUCGAUAUCGACACCGCGCUCAAGGAUGGCAUCCUCGGGGGCGCGCUGGAGCCCGUGGGUGCGGCGGCGGGGGACGAUGGCAAGCAGCCCGUGGAGCUGCGCAGGAUGAUGGACGAGCUGGACGCGGCGGCCGGGGACGGCGGCGGCGGCGGCGGGGACGAGGCGGUGCCGGCGGUCUUCAUCUGCCCGAUCUCGCUCGAGCCCAUGGUGGAUCCGGUGACGCUCUGCACGGGGCAGACGUACGAGCGGGCCAACAUCUCGCGGUGGCUAGCCCUGGGCCACCGGACCUGCCCGACCACGAUGCAGGAGCUCUGGGACGACGCGCUCACCCCAAACGCCACCCUCCGGCAGCUCAUCGCCGCCUGGUUCUCCCGCCGGUACACGAGGUUUAAGAAGCGCUCCGCCGACUUCCACGGCCGCGCCGCCGACCUCGUCGGCAGCCUCCGCGGCACGGCGGUGCCCAGGCGGCAGCCCCUCAAGGGCCAGGCCCGCGUCGCGGCGCUGCGGGAGCUGCGCACCCUCGCCGCCGCCCACCAGUCCGUCACCAAGGCCAUCGCCGAGGCCGGCGGCGUGGCCCUGCUCACGUCGCUGCUCGGACCCUUCACGUCCCACGCCGUGGGGGCCGAGGCCGUCGCGAUACUCGUCAGCGGGGUGCUGCUUGACGCUGACACCAAGGCCGCGCUCAUGCAGCCGGCGAAGGUGUCGCUCGUGGUCGACAUGCUCAACGAGGGCGCCGCGGACACCAAGAUCAACUGUGUCCGCCUCAUCCGCAUCCUCAUGGUCGAGAGGGGUUUCCGGCCGGAGACGGUGGCGAGCCUCAGCCUCUUGGUCGGCGUCAUGCGCCUCAUCCGGGACAAGCGGCAUCCGGACGGUGUGGCCGCGGGGCUCGAGCUGCUGAAUUCGAUCUGCGCGGUGCACAGGCCAGCGAGGUGUAUGGUUGUUAGCAUCGGUGCGGUGCCGCAGCUGGUGGAAUUGUUGCCGGAGCUAGCGACGGAGUGUGUCGAGCCGGCUUUGGACAUCUUGGAUGCCCUGUCUGCGGUUCCAGAGGGGAGGAUGGCUCUUAAGGAUUGUCCGCGGACGAUCCCCAAUGCUGUCCGGUUGCUGAUGAGAGUUUCAGAGGCAUGCACUAGACGCGCGCUGUCGAUGCUGUGGACGGUGUGUCGGAUGGCUCCGGAAGAAUGUGCACCUGCUGCAGUGGAGGCUGGGUUGGCGGCGAAGCUUCUGCUUGUCAUCCAAAGUGGUUGUGCGCCGGAGCUGAAGCAGAAGGCGUCGGAGCUGCUCAAGCUGUGCCGCCUCAACUACACCGACACCCUCUUCAUCUCCAAGUGCAAACUCACAAGGACAAUUCAGUGAGAGAUGCAAAUGAUGCUGGUCUGAUCUGAUUUGGUUCGAUGAUGCGUGGUUUGUUGAUUGACCUUGCUGAGUUCAGAGUUCCAAGGAAAUGGAGUUGGCAAAUUGACGAAUGAUGGCAAGACUGGUGGUUACCACAACAAUUUCCGGGGAGACAAGAAGCGAUGCAGCCUAAUGACUGGCAAGUUAGAUGGCAAGCAGGCGGGUGUACAUGCAAAUUGUUGAGAAUUUGAUCAGCUCAAUAAGCACAUGAGGCUGGGUGGUAAGUACAGCCAGUUUUGCCAUUAGGAGUAGCUAGCAUUAAGCAAAACCAGCAAACUUAGAUUUUUGGCAAUGUGGGUAUCUCAGAGCUGUAGAUGUCGUUCCCUUCCUUGUAAUUACACAGUACUGUUGCUUCUACACUGGAAUAUACAUUGCCAUUGCUCCGGGAAAAAAAAUUGAAUUGUCAUCUUGAUCGA